GACAUGCUGGCAAUAGCGCACGCGCCGCGCAUCGACGCGAAGAAACGCGCCGUCCACCACAAACAGGCGCCGUUCCAGACGGCCACCUUUGCCGAGCAGGACUACGCACACCGCAUGAACUUCUACAUCAUCCCUCCUACCGGCGACGUGACGCUGGAGCAGUUCGAGGAAUGGGCCAUUGCUCGCCUGAAGGUGCUCGCCGAGCUGGAGUCGUGCCACUUCCGCAAUCGUAGUCCUGCGGAAACAGAGGAGUACAUGCGUCCGAUACUCGACAAACACAUGCCGCUAUCCAGCAACAGCGCGCGCCACAAUGAUAUCCCAAUGCAGAGGAAGCGUGACCACUAUAGCCACUGGACCCUCCGACUUGCCUUCUCCAGCACGCAAGAUCUACGACAACGGUUCGCCAGGCUCGAAAGUCAGCUGUUCAAGCUGCGCAUACAGCAGGACGACCUGCGGGAGCGAAGGGCAUUCAUCGAAGCACUGCCAAUGUCAUGGGAGACUGUGGGCGAGGACGAGAAAGCGCAGCUGCUCGAAGAGCUGAAGGCUGCAACCGGCUUCUUCGCCAAGACGGACGAGGAGAACUGGUUCAAGUGCGAGUGGGAGAAUGUGCCUGAGCUGGUGGAGAGGCGACAGGUGUUGCUGAAAAAAGGCAAAGCCUACGUGCAUGUCCGUGAGCAGAUGAGCAUGGUUGUAAAUGAAUUUUCCCGACAGCUGGAGUCAGGCCUGGAAGUUGCCGCUCGAUUCUUGCCUCGCAUGGACGAAGACAAUAGACUGGCUCCAAUACUGCAUCACCUUUCUCAAUCGUUCGUGGCGCCAGAUGCGGGCUAUUCAGAAGAGUCCAGUCUGGGUGACAUGACCAACGUCACAGCGGCGUCAAUCGAUUCAUACAGCCAGCACUUCCCCCUGUGCAUGCAGAACUUGCACCGUGAGCUCAAGAAGAAUAGUCACCUCAAGCACUACUCGCGUCUACAGUACACUUUGUUCCUCAAAGGGCUGGGCCUGAAUCUGCAGGAAUGUAUACUCUUCUGGAGACGGAGCUUUAAGCUUGUGACAGAUGACAAAUUCAAGUCCGAAUAUCUUUACAACAUUCGCCACGCCUAUGGCGAUGUGGGUGGCGACUCGAACAGAAGAGGUCGAGGCUAUACCCCCUACAGCUGCAACAAGCUCCUCACAGAACCUUUACCUGCAAGCGGACAAAACCAUGGUUGUCCAUAUCGGACCUACAGCCCCGAUAACCUGAUCACCUUGUUGCAGAACGUUGGAGUGAACGACAGAGAGUUAUUGAAGGGCGUGCGAGAGGACGUUGGUCGGCAAAGAUACCAUAUUGCAUGCAAUAGAGUCUUUGAAGCAGCUCACAAGAAUGAGAUCAAGAAGGUGAAAGACGAAAGCUUAUGGCCGGCAAGUGAAUUGGACACUAUACUCCAUCCAAAUACGUACUUUAAGCGUAGCUUCCAGCUGAAGAACCUCGGGAAGAUUCGUAAGGGAGACAUUGGCGUGGACGAGCCAAUGCCAUCGUCCGCAGAUUAGCCGUGAUCCCCUCCAUACAGGUAUUCUGGCAUACUGCGGGGGAAUAAUGACAUUUGACGAUUAUUCGCUGGCGAGGUUGCGGCCAUGUCUUGAGCUGUUCCUCGAAAGCCUCGAAUGUAGACAAAAUGAUACACCGCUCUAAUAUCAGA